CUUCUGGGAGCCUGCCUCUGCCAGGGCCAUAGAUGCCUUGGCUCCGCCGGAGCUCUUCCUGCCGCCUCCUGCCGGCUCACAGCAACCGCCUGGAAGGGAGCGAGCCUCUCCUCCGCAGCCCAGGCCAGGAAGGCAUCCGCGCGGCCACGUAACGUGUGAAUCCGCCCUCCAAGGCCUGGCGUAACGGGGGCGGAGGAGGAGGAGGAGGGAAGCCCAUCUCUCCAUCCUCUCUCUCGCUCUCUCUGCCUUUGGAGGAGGAAGGGGAAGGAGAAGCAGCCGCCGCCGCCUGAGCCAUGGCCCAGGGAGGCUAAAGCGCCGGAUUCGCUCCCAGAGCCCCGCAGCCCCGAUGGCCUUCAGCUCCUCCUGGCAGCUGCUCUCGCCGGUCCAGUGGGCCAAGUGGACCUGGUCCGCCGUCCGAGGCUCCGGGCCCGGAGCAGGGGCCCAGGAGGAGGAGGAGGAGGAGGAUGGGCAGCUCAGCCCCGGGCCCUUGGAGGACCUGGAGGACCAGGACGCGGCGGCCGAGACCAAGUCCUUGAGCCUCAGUUCGGAUUCGGAAGGCAAUUUUGAGACUCCCGAGGCAGAGACCCCAAUUCAUUCGUUGGGGAAGGAGCUGGUGGACCUGUUGGAUCCUGAGCCCAUAUCCCAAGCAUCACAUGAAGAUGAAGUUCAACUGGUAGCCCAGGUUUCAGACGAAAACCAGCAAGGCUCUGCUUCAACAGAGGAUGAACCACAGACAGACAUCGCCGUCUUGCAAGCCGAAUUGGCCGUCUCCAAAGCUGAUCUUGACUGUGGCAACGUUUCAUCCAUGACUCCAUCCACAUUGGGGACGGAGCUGUCUGCAGAGCAGCCUGCACCUAUCCCAGAGGAAAACGUUUCUACUACAAGGUCUGAUCCAGAUCAAGCACCAGCAGGUUUUGUGCUCACAGCGACAACUCAAAAAGAGCAAGAGGGGGCAUCCCUGGGGAAAAAAGAACUCCCUGCUGAAGGACCAGAAGGAGCCAAGCCAAACAGCGAAACACUUGUUGUUAGCAGGAGCAAACUUCCAAGAGCCAAACCAGCUGCCCUGCAAAAGAAAAUGGGGGGAGAGAACCCAGAGACUGAAACAGCUCCAGAGAGUAUGGCUGUCCCCAAAGCCUCCUACCGGUUUGACCCCGAGUCAUACAAUGAAAACGUGAACCCCUUUGUGAUAGGAGGCUCCAAACUCCAAAACUCUCCCCCUCCGUCUCAGCAAGGAUUUGCUCUUCCCAACAGUGAUGCCAAAGAGCCUGAUUUGGGAGGUGGUGACGAGGGCAAAGGCCGGGGGGUGAAACUUGAAUUUGAUUUUGCAGAAGGAGCAGAAGACGCGGAGCCCAAGAAAGCCCCGCUGAGAAAACCAGGAAGGAAACCAGUCAGUAAACUGUCUCCCAAGAGGCAAAGAAGUGGUACCAACAAGCCAGCUGCAGGUACCGAGGAUGGAGAGAAAACGCUCGCCACGGAUAUAUCUGAGGUGCCCCUUCCAAAAGCCUUGCAACAGACCGAUCUAGGUCAAUGGGGUGAACCCCACUUGAAUUCAUUUGGAGGGAGCUCAGAGUUGCAGGGCUCCCCACCUCUUCCGAAAGGGUCCUACAACCUCGACGUGGCAGAUCCCUUCAAGCCCACCAAGACCUUGGCUUGUGUGGGGGCCGACACCUUUCCCGUCGCAGAGAACAGUCUCAAUGAGAUCUUGGAGUCGCAGACGCUGGCAGCCAUGAGCGAUGAACUGAAGAAAGGCUUGGCCUCGCCAAAAAAAGCCAAGUCCCGGUUGAUAACGACUACUGAACAAGUGAAAUUUCUCUGUUUUCUGUUGAGUGGCUGCAAAGUGAAGAAAUACGAAACACAAUCCCUGGUUUUGGAUAUUUGUUCUCAGGAGGAUGAUGAAGCAGCCCUCAUCUCGAAAAUCCCAGACCUUUCCAAUCGGGAUGGGCACGCUACUGAUGAAGAGAAGCUGGCUUCUACCUCCUCCACCCAGAAGCCAGCUGAGUCGGAGGCCAAAGGUGAGACUGAGGAAGACCUGGAGUACUUUGAAUGUUCCAAUGUUCCCGUGUCUGCCAUAAAUCAUACGUUUUCAUCCCCAGAAGAAGGUUUUGAGAAGGAUCCAUCAUGCAGUCUGGCAGAGAAGAACAACACCAACAAUAUAGUGGGCAAUUCUGAACUGUGUGCUUUGGAGAAGGCACCCGGAACGAUGCCAGGCACCAUAAUUGGAGGUGCUGAAAGCCCCUUGGAUGCCAUUUGCCUCAGUGAAUCUGAUAAGACAGCCGUUCUGACUCUGAUCAGAGAAGAGAUCAUUUCUAAAGAGAUUGAAGCCAAUGAGUGGAAGCGGAAAUAUGAAGGAAGCCGGCAAGAGGUCCUGGAAAUGAGGAAAAUUGUGGCUGAAUAUGAGAAGACCAUCGCCCAGAUGAUCGAGGAUGAACAGCGGACCAACAUGGCAUCCCAGAAGAGUCUCCAGCAACUCACAAUGGAGAAGGAGCAGGCGCUGUCUGACCUGAAUUCAGUGGAAAGGUCCCUCUCCGACCUGUUCAGGAGAUAUGAGAAUUUGAAAGGAGUCCUGGAAGGUUUUAAGAAGAAUGAAGAAGCCUUGAAGAAAUGUGCCCAGGAUUAUCUCAAUCGGGUCAAGCAAGAGGAACAGCGGUACCAGGCCUUGAAAAUCCAUGCCGAAGAGAAAUUAGACAAAGCCAAUGAAGAAAUUGCUCAGGUACGUAACAAGGCCAAAGCUGAGAGCGCAGCUCUGCAUGCCGGGCUCCGAAAAGAACAAAUGAAAGUGGAAUCACUGGAGAGAGCACUUCAGCAAAAGAAUCAGGAAAUAGAAGAGCUGACUAAGAUCUGCGAUGAGCUGAUUGCCAAGUUGGGAAAGACUGACUGAUCCAUUCCGUCCGGAGCACCAUGCUUGGCUGCUUCCCGUUGUCUAUCUGCAUCUUCAAGCAAGCGCCUUGCCUUAUUUUCCACAAAUAAUCUCUUCCUCCUCCCGGCAGCAGAGAGAAAAGCACAUGCCCCUUGCUUCUUUUCAGCUGCCUGCAAGAACCAGGCCCAGAGGUUCUCCUCUGUCCUCAAUUUUCAUCAUCAUACUACUCCAAAUCAUUCCCCAGCUCCAUUUAUGCCCCCUGCUAUUUGCAGGCAGUCCUGACUGUAUGGUCCCAACUGGUAUUGAGGAGGCUGUGUCUAAAUGUGGCUGAUGUGUUUGCUGCAACGAAACUGAGAAACAGCCACUCAGCUCUGUUGAGUCUCCAGCCCACAAAAGGGGCUGUUGUUGAUAAUGCCUGCAGUUUGAUGUCAGGAAGGGGUCUGUAUGAGAUGUGGCUUACCUGAGCUGAUGCGUCACUGUCUUGAGGUUGCAGUCCACACAGCAAAGGGUCACAUCGGCUAAACUAUAUCUGAGACCACAAAAAAGUGCAACCAGCACAAACACAUUUGUGCAACAACUGGAUCCGCCCUAAGGUAGAUCGCAUGUAGAACCCCGAUUAAUGUUUAUUUUGAAUCCUAGGAGAGUUAGGUAAUAGCCAUGGCCCCCAUCACACCACGCAGUUACAGCACUGUGAUUCCACUUUUAACUGCCAUGGUUGCAUCGGAGUUUGUCGUUUGGAGAGGCCUUAGAGCUCUCUGGCUAAGACUUGUCUUCAGUUGCUGGAAUACUCUGGUCUGACCCUGGAGUACUCUGGCCUCAAAUCCCCCCAAAUUUCCCCCUUACUUGCUCUCUUUUUGCUGCAAGUUUUUGACUCUUCCAGUGAACAACAGGCAGCUACUUUCCCACAUGGUUCCUGUGCCUUGCCUGGUGCCCAGCCAUGCCAUUGAUGCUGGGCACUUGAUCUCAGAGGGACUUGUGCCCACAGUGGCUGCACUGGGCAACUCGCAGGGACCAUAAGUAAAGGCAGACACUGUUGUUGCUGCAGAGAGAGCCAAAAACCCACAGCAAAUGAUUAGUUAUUUAAAUGCAGGUUAGGGAAGGAAGCCCUGAAUAAGUGCAGGCAUCCGAUUUGGAGUCUUGGCCUAGCAUCCUAUAAACAGGAUGUAGGGGUAAUUUAGGGUAAUUUGUCCAUGUAGACAAGCCCUGAGAAUUCCAAAUGUCCUUCCCUUACUCUGCAAAUCCCAGGAUUUCAUAGGGAUGAAGUCAUGGCAGUUGAAGUGGAAUCAUAGCACUAUAAUUGUACAUUGUGAACAGGCCCCAUGAUUGGCCAUAUCGAAAGGAAGUGCCUGUCUUCAUCUUUGUAAACAUACAUGACCGUCUUACGGCACCUUGAAGUCAGGUUUUGAGUCUUCUCCGGUUGAGAUUUCUAAAUGCCCCUUCCUUAUUCUAACAAUGCCAUAAUAAAUCACUUAGCCUUCAAGGUGCCAAGCAGCUCUUUAUAUUUGUGGCGGUGGACCAACAUGGUUUCCCUGCUGGAGUUUGUCUCUGAGUUAAUGCACUUCAAUGAGGACAGUUUCUCUCCCUGAGGAGGGUGCAUGCUUCCCUGAAUGCAGGGUCUUCCAAGGUAAAUAGGAGCAGCCCUUAGACAUUCAGAAAUAUGCAAACAAAAUUAUCCCCCUGUUAACACAAUCUAAAAUGUCACUUCUUUGGAAGCUGGCUGAUGGAAUCAGGAGUAUAAACCUCUGUAUAGUUAGCAUCCUUGGCAACUUUCCAUCCGCACCAACUUCUGGGAAAAUUUCAGACUUAAAAAUAAAGAAAAUCCGUCCCACAAGUAGGAUAAUUUAAAAUGAUGUCUGAUUCCUUUCUGGAUUAGAUGCUAUGAUGGUUGUAUAGAAGGUGUAACUGCCAGACAUUUAUCUUCUAAAUGUCCCAUCCUAAACGUCCUUUUGCAUUUUCUUCAGGUGUGUCUCCACUGAUAAAUCACUGAAGCACUUUGAUUUCUCCGCCAGGGUCAAGCAUCAAGGGUUGUGGAGUUUUACAGUCUCCCUAGGUCUUUCUUGUAUCGUGCUGACAUUAAGUUGUUGCAUUCUUUGGCUGGGUCCAGGUAUAUAUAUUUAACCAGUUUGCUUAACAGGGAGCUCUCCCUCUGCCUACAGAUUUGAGAUUUGUCUUGAUCAGGUGCUAUCGGCACAUGUUGCAUCCUUCCCAACAGCCAGAAUGAAACAGAUCCUCCAAAGCCAUAGGUCUAUGCUCCUUUUUGAUGGCAUUUAUUGGGGAUGUUCACAUGCUGCUAUUCUGCCUGUAGUAAAUUUCACAUGCACUCCACUUAAGAAUCUGGGAAUCCCGAGAAACCCAACUACGUGCGGUUUGUUUUCUCUUUCUUUUCCAAAUGAGAUUCUAGCCCUUGUAGUUUGGCGAGGUGCUUCUGAAGAAGUUUAGGCUGCCUCUCUGAUUUUCCAGCCAGAUCUUUUCAUGUCGCCCAUCCCAUGGCUUCCAGGCACAUGCUGAGGGCUCAAUGUAUGGAGAGGGCUGGCUCUUCAUCAGAUCAAAAAUGCAAACACCUUUCCUUCCAAGGUGAAAGAGCAGGCCUGUCCAGAGAAGCAGCUCUCUGGAACGUCUUCUGUUUAUUCAGGUGUUGUAUAUGCCUCGGGUGGAACGCCUCUGUCAAAUGUUCUGCUUUCUCCCACACCUCUUAUCCUGGCUGCCAAGCUGCGCCUUGUCAGUGCUUGGAGAAGUUACUUUUUAAAAAACUCUUAGCUCCCAGAACCCAGCAGACAUGCUGACUGGGAGGUUCUGGGAGGUAUGUUGAAAAUAAUUAACUUCUGCAAGCUCUGUUCCUCGCCAGCGAUUGUGAAACGGAGUUCUCCUCAUGCUGAGGUUUUCAUGCCAAAAGGUGGGCACGUUUUUCCCAUCCCUGGAUUGUGAUGAGAAGGUGCAAAAGAUGACACUUUGAGUGCUCUCUUCCACCAGAUCUCAUGUUCAUCUGAAAAUAGUUUGGCAGAAAAAGGGACUGAGUAUAAGAGGAGGCCUUUCUCCAUCUCAGGCACAUGGCAGAUUCCUAUCAGCGCAAUACCAGAUAGACCAGUCAUUCCCAUGACAUGGUUACAGCCUUACCCUACACCAGGGGUACGGGAACAGUGGUCUACAGGUCACGUGUGAUCCCUUGGGGCAUUUUGCAACCCCCAGGCUUCCCUCAGAAGAUGCGUCUUCAAAAGCCAUUGCACCAUUUUUUAAAAAUGCCCCCCUAAUGGAAAACCAUCACUUCUGGGAUGGCAUUUCCCCUUUAUUUAGCUUUCCCCUUUUUCAGAGACCUUACUCAGAACUUGACGUCGUGAGUGGAAGUGACUUCCAGUUAUUUAACCAAGUUCUGCUUCAUUCUGAAGGUGAAUGCUGGCUUCAGGAAAUUGAACUGGCAUUGCUGCAGAUUCUGGCAAUAACUGUACGACCGGGGUCUAUGGUGAAGAAUAAAGGGUUUUGAAGGCUUCCUUCCCUGUCCUAUUGUGGAAUUGGUCGUGGGUGCUGUAAAGCAAUGAUCCUGCAUAUCACUUUGGCAGGUUACCAUGACUGAACUCACUUUCAGUAACUGCAACACACUCCAUAUGUGUUGGAUUACAACUCCCAUUAUUCCCCCCAUUCUGCCUGUUUAUGUUCCAACACGUCCAGAAGGUGCCAUGGUCAGGCGUUCUUGACCCUACAGGAAAGGGGACUUGUGAUUUGAAUGCCAUCCAUCUUCCAAUGUGUAUUUUUUUUGCUGGGUAUUCGGUGGUAGCACUUCCAUCUGUGGGUGUGUACUCCUGCAAGCACACAGUGCCAUAUGCUCCCUCGUUUUGUGUGCCUCUCAAGCAUGCCACUGAAAUGUGGGUGAAGACGAUUCCUAAGGAAUGACAUUAUUAACUAUAAUAUGGUUAUUAUAGUUUGUGCAGAUAUUGGAAUAUAUAUAUAUGUAUAAAUAUAUAUAAAUAUAUAUAUAUAUAUAAUGUGUAUAUAUAAUGGUUAUAGUUCUAUAUAGUGGGUGGUGUGUGUGUGCGUGUGGUUUAAAUCUGUAGAAUUGUUGCACCUCAAAGCAGUCUGGAGUAGCAGAAGGCCAUGCUGGUUUCGUCCUUAUAAUUUUAUCCUUAUAGGGCUAUUGCUUCUGCCUGUCUAUAACCUUUGCAAGACGAUUGGAAAGAGAACUACUAGCUACUCCUGAUAGUGGGUUUGAAGGCAGCGUGUAUCUGCAGUAGCAUAUGGCAAACUGUGCCUUGCUUUUAUUGUGCAUGUGCCAUGUGCAUCACCUCGAAGGCUGGCGGUUUGAUGCAGCAAAGAUGCCAUUUCUAGCACAGUCAUGCACACAAGGUUUGCUGCUGGGCUAUCCCAUGGGAUGCUACCUCUUUUUUAGCUGCAAAGGUACCUUGAAAUGGUUUCUGCCAUUUAGUUCUCGUGUGAGCAGAAAAUGCAGGCAGAUGCAACCUAAUUUCUGUAAUGUGUAAUGUGCAGGCCUAUCAUCUUCUCCCCAUUGGACAAAUGAAUAUUCAUAGCAAAGUAAAGAGGCCACUAUCUGUGCCUUUGAACACAAAAGCCGGGGCUUUUUAGGAUUUGGAAACAUAGGGAUUGAAGCCCACACAAUACUAAUGUACUGAUGAAAUGUUAAAUUAUUUUCGUGUCCACUGUAAAUUCGUUUGCUUUGUUAUGCAUUAACUGCAUCUUGGUGAUGCAUUACUUGUAUUUUUAAAAUAUCACUAAAAAUGCACACAGACACACACAUUGCACUAAUGUAUAAUGUUGUCAUUCAACCCAUUAACAUUGGUGAUGGUAAAAUGAAAAAGCAAUUAAAAAUAAACUUCUGAAACUACUCUGAAA